CUUCUGGUACCAGCGACCUAGGGAAACUGUUCUAGCACCGGGCGCCUGAAACCUUAGCUUCCGCCCCCCACCCCGCUGGACAGCUCCUCCCACCGCCCCGCCCCGCCCCGGGCCUUAAGGGUCUCGGAUCCCCUGUCGAGCACCUGAGAUCCGUGGCAUGGAGCCUGAGAGCCACAAGGAAGGCGGCUUCGGCCGCACGGUGUGCGUGCUCACCGGGGCCUCCCGCGGCUUCGGCCGCUCGCUGGCUCAGCUCCUGGCUGGGCUGCUGUCCCCCGGCUCGGUGUUGCUCCUAACCGCCCGCAACGAGGAGGCGCUGAAGCAGCUGGAGGCAGAGCUGGUCGCUGAGCACCCAGGCCUGCGCGUGGUGUGGGUGCCCGCCGACCUGGGCUCGGAUGCCGGCCUUCAGCAGCUGCUUGGAGCCCUGCGUGACCUCCCCAGACCCGAAGGGCUUCAGCGACUGCUGCUUAUAAACAACGCGGCCACUCUUGGGGAUGUUUCCAAAGGCUUCCUGAACCUGAGUGACCCAGCUGAAGCAAACAGCUACUGGGCUAUGAACUUGACUUCCAUGCUCUGCCUGACCACCGGACUCCUGAGGGCCUUCCAGGACUGUCCUGGCUUGAUCAGGACUGUGGUUAACAUCUCAUCCAUCAGUGCCCUGCAGCCCUUUAAGGGUUGGGCAUUGUACUGUGCAGGGAAGGCUGCCCGUGCCAUGUUGUUCCAGGUCCUGGCUGCAGAGGAACCAAGUGUGAGGGUGCUGAGCUAUGACCCAGGUAGGUGGAAGGUACUGCCAUCACUGUCCCCCAGAAUUGGCUGGUCCCCCUCUGAGGGCUGGACAGAGGGCCUAGUCUGUCUCCUUGGAGGAAGGAUCCACAAGGUAUGUUGUUUCCGAAUCAUGAUCUCACACCUCAGGUGAAAGAUAGAUUCCAGGGAAGUUAAGAGCUGGAAGGAGGGAGUGGAGACUUGCCUCGACUAGAGGGUUGAACAGGGAAGUCUGAGAUAUUAGAUGAAGAACACUAGGGUUUGAAUUUUGAGCCCAAACCAUCUUAUGUGAAAUGGGAAAGAUGCUAACUGUCUUAAUAGGGAAGUAGGGGAGCUAAAGGAGAUAGUGCAUGUGAAAAUGAUCCUCUUCAGUGGAGUACUCUCUAAUUGGUAGAACUUCUAGUUGUUCCAUAGGAUUUGUCACACUGCAUGACCUUCAUAGGUAUGCUUGAUAGGAAAACCGGUUCAUCUGUGUGUGCCCAGCAGCAAGCUAGCAAAGCUACUGGGCUAUGAACUUGACUUCAUGCUCUGCCUGACCAUCAACCUCCUGGUGGUCUUCCAGGAUUGUCCCAUCGUGGGACAGUAUUGGGUAGUCUGCAGAGAAUGUUAGCUGAGUGACAUGCAGACAGACAUUGUUGAGUGGUGACAACCUAGGCUAAACUGGGCUGGAACCCUUGUAGUGGGCGAUGCUGGGAUGAAUAAGAUCAUUCCUUGUCCUUGGGGAAGUUGAAAGGUAUGAGGUCUUGGGACACCUGAUCUGGUUUCUGACCUCUCCACCCAAAUACCACAGUGCCAGG